AUGAAGGAAAGAUUUGCAAAGCUUCUACCGGGAGAAAACAUGUCUGGUAGUGGGAAAGGUGUUUGCAAUACAGUUACAAUCUCAAAUGCCAUUACCAAUGGCUUUGCAACUGUAUUUGGUCAAAGCUUAAAGUUGGAACCACUAAAGUCAGAGAAGAAGGCCAUGUGGAAAAGGGAAAUGAAGGUUCUUUUAUCAGUGUGUGGCUACAUACAAGAAUUUGCUCCAACUGCAUAUUUAAAAGAUGAUGAAAAACAGGCCAUAGAAAUAUUAGCUACUUUUCAGGACACUGAAUUUUGGUGUGCAGAGAACAUACCAGGAAAUUUCAAUUGUGGGGCCUCAUUUCGAAGAAUUGUUCCAAGGAAAGAUGACAAGUGGUGGUUGUCAGUUCCUUGUGUUCUUCCUGGUGGUGUCUCUGAUGUGUCAAGAAAGCACCUGAUAGAGAAAAGAGUCGGUGCUAAUCAAAUUCAUAAGGCGGCAAUGGCAAUAAACAGCAAUGUUCUUGAAGAAAUAGAUAUCCCAGAAACAUAUAUAGAUAAUCUUCCCAAGGUUGGUCUUCAUUCCCGUUGUUUAAGAUAA